AUUUCAUUAUCUAGAAUAUUAUGAUCAUUUUAAAUAAAACCCAUCUAUUCUCUAUCGGAUUGUUUUUGCUUUUACAAUCAUUGGAAUUUUCACAAAGCCGGCUUAUUCCAUUUUCCAAAAAUGAUAAAAUCAUAUACAAGGAAAAAAUUCUUUCCAUGUUUUAUGAAGCUUACAACAGCUAUGUCGAUAAUGCAAUCGAAUAUGAUGAAUUGAUGCCAAUUAGUUGUUCGGGAAUAAACACAUGGGGAACAUUCUCACUUUCAUUGAUCGAUGCCUUAGAUAUGUUGGCUAUUGUAGAUAACCAUACUGAAUUUAGACGUGUAGCUCAACAUAUUAUCGAUACGGCCGAUUUUGAAACAAAUACAAAUGUUUCUGUUUUUGAAACAAACAUUCGAGUUGUUGGUGGUCUUUUGUCAGCGCAUCUUUUUUCCAGACGUGCUGGAUUUCAAAUUGAAAAUGGUUGGCCUUGUUCAGGUCCCUUGCUUAGAUUAGCCGAAAGAGUAGCAAGAAAAUUACUACCAGCAUUUAAUACAUCAACGGGAAUGCCAUAUGGAACAAUUAAUUUUCGUUAUGGUGUGCCAGAGAAUGAAACUCCCAUUACAUGUACAGCUGGUGUAGGCACUUAUAUUGUCGAAUUUGGGACAUUAAGUCGUUUGACUGGAGAUCCAAUUUUCGAGGAAGUGGCCCUCAACGCAUUGGAAGCUUUGCAACGUCAUCGUUCGAAAAUUGGUCUUUUAGGCAAUCAUAUCAAUGUUCAGGAUGGAAAAUGGACUGCUACCGACGCUGGUAUUGGUGCCGGUGUUGAUUCAUAUUUUGAAUAUUUAGUCAAAGGGUCUAUAUUAUUACAAAUGCCUAGUCUAAUGGAAGUGUUUAAUUAUGAUUAUGAUUUAAUCAAAAAUUAUUUGAGGAAAAAUGAUUGGUUUAUUUGGGUUAGUAUGGCCACUGGUUCAGCAACAAUGCCAAUAUUUCAAUCACUUGAAGCUUUUUUCCCCGGUUUAUUAACGUUGAUGGGUGAUCUGGAUCAGGCGAAAAAAUCAUUAUACAAUUAUCAUCAAGUAUGGAAACAAUAUGGUUUUGUUCCCGAAUUUUAUGAUAUUGUAAAUGGAAAACAUCAUAAACGAGAAGGAUAUCCACUUCGACCAGAAUUCAUUGAGAGUGUUUAUUAUUUAUAUCGUGCUACAAAAGAUGAUCAUCUUCUUACUAUUGGUGCUGAUGUUGUCAAUUCCAUUUAUUAUUCUGCUCGCACUGAUUGCGGCUAUGCAACAAUAAAAAGCGUAUCAGAUCAUACAAUCGAAGAUAGAAUGGAAUCAUUUUUUCUUGCUGAAACAUUGAAAUAUUUGUUUCUGUUAUUUGAUGAAGAUAAUUUCAUUAACGAGAUUGGUUCCUUUGGAACGAUGAUUGAGCUUGAAAAUAUUCGAAAUUUUAAAAAUAAACAUAGCUGUGUGGUUGGAUCAGGUGGAUACGUAUUCAAUACGGAAGCUCAUCCUGUUGAUAUUUCAGCUUUAACUUGUUGUGAUCGAUAUUAUGGCCGCGAGCUGGAUUUCUUCGAAGAUAAUGUUGAUCUAUAUGAUUUAUUUAUUCGUAAACCUAUUAAGAGAAAAGAGGAGUUAUCAUUUACAUCGGAUAUACAUUCUACAAGUGAAAAUGUGGAAUACUUUGAUGUAAUACAAACUACUCCAACAAUAUCAAGUUCCUCUAUAAGUACGACAACCCAAGAAAAACAUUCCGAUGAACAAAUAUUGUUAGCAACGAAAACCAAACAUCAAGAUGAAAGUAGUCAAACCGAAUUAGAGGCAAGUUUCAGUCAGGAAAUUUAUUGGAAUGUAAAUGAACCUGAAUCAACAAAUUCUUUUCACACACCGAUUUAUGUCCUAAAAACUGAAAAUGAAACCCAUUGUAGUCAAACCACCAUCAACAAAAAUUAUCCAUUUAUUUCGAAUGAUGAACAUUUAACGGGAGUUUAUUCUGCCGUUCCUUCCAAGUCUUCCAUCGAAAUUAAACCAGAUUCGAUACUGAUCAAUAGAUCAACAAUGGUAAUCAAAACGAUCAACAUAAAUGAUAAUAAAACAAGUGAUAGUGAUCAACAAAAAUUUGAUUCACAUGCUGAAAAUGAAGAGAAGAUUCAUGAUCAUCAUUAUGGUGACUAUGAACUAUUGAAAUGUCCUUCACAAUCAUUUUUUAUUCGUCUUUCAUUAUAUGGACAAAUGUUUGAAUAAAUUCCUUUCUAUUUUGUUUAUUAAAUAUAUCAUAUGAAAAUGGAA